GCAGGUUGACCUACAUAAAAAUGGCAGCCAACGAGUGCUACCCACUACCAAUCCAUUUCAAAAAUAUUUAUUUACUAAAGAUAAAUAACUCAUAAAAUAAGUUAACUAGUUUAUUUAAUAACAAAAAUGGUCCAGGUCUUGUGGACCAUUCUGUAUAUAACUAUCGGAUUAUGGAUUUUCAGCAGGGCGAUAGCCUACCUCAUCCAAUGGCUGCUGAAAAGGUAUUUGGACAUUACCUUAAAAUUUGGCAAGGUGGGCUUCUUAAGUUUUGGAAAAGUACAGAUGACAUUUCAAAGAGAUGUGUCAGUGAAUGUCGAAGUGGUAAAAAUUUGGUUGUCAAGCUCUUUUUUUAAUCCUGAUGUAAGAAAACCUGUUGUGAUUUGUAUCGAGGACAUGAGAAUCCAAGUGGAUGUAAGCAACCACAGAGAACAGCAAGGCGACCCUGGGGCUACCACAAGAAAGAAACAGCUGGGAUUCAAUAAAUUAUUAUCUUUAAGCUCUUAUUUUGGCCUUCGUAUCAACAACAUGACUGUAAUGCUGCUGAAAACAAUGUUGCCAGAUUGUCUCAUACACUUUUCUUCUCCUGAGAUCUCCUUGGACUGCGGGGCUGCUUAUGACAAAUAUGAGCUGUGUAUAAGUCUGAACAACUUUGGAUGUAAAGCCCUCAGGACUUUGGCUGAGACUCCGGGCUCGACACAUCAGAAUUGUCUCGGGGAAUUCUCCUUUACAUUCAAGAUGGAAGCCAAGCUUGAGAAAAGUGCAGAGAUCAAGCUUGUGGCUUUGAAAUCAGUGAUUGCCAAACCUCAGAUGAUGAUAACUGAAGGAUUUCUCCAGAGUCUGCAGAUGAUAAACAUGAAAAGACAAAAUGAGCUUGUGCAUCCAACAGAAGAGCCCUUAGUUGGACCUGUGACCCCUGAAGUAGUAGAGGAGAGUUAUGUUCCUUGGCCCAAUGACACUCUAAUGUCUAAAUUAAAAUUAUUUGAAAAAAUGCAAGAUGUGAGUUUUGACAUAUCUGAUUUGAAUGUACAAAUUGUCAGAGAGACCAAACAGAGAAGUCUGUCUGUAUGCUUAAAACUGUUCCAUUUGGGCUUUCAUAACCAGUCUUUCUGGCAGGCAACUGAUAUGAACUGCAAUCUUUACUUAGAAGAGUUUAACACAAGUUCCAUGCAGGCAAAGUUUGCUGGGCUGAACAAAAUAGUUGUUAAAGGGCAGAUCUUGCGUGACUCUUUGGAUACUUUCCUGACAGUCAACUCUGGCUUCUUUCAUUACCACCAUGAAGAGGUGCAGUACUGGGUCUCUGUCUUCACCAAUAUUUUCCAGUGGAGGCAGCCACAAGAGAGACAGAGAGUACAUUUACCCUUGACUAGGAAAAAAUCUGUACCAAGUCCCGUCCUGUUGGGUUGGGUGGAAGGGAAAAAUUUCUCGACAGUCGUUGAGGUCACAGAUCUAUCUUCGACCUUUUCUACAGCAGCGUGUAAUGGACUUCACACCCAGUUGGCUUACGCACAACUGACGACCACUCUGAAACCUGGAGGAUCAAGUGCUGUAGAGAGAAGAGAAUGGUGGCAGACGUACAACGGCUCCUGUGAAAUUGAUGUUCAGAAUGUUUCCUGUUACCUUGUUGAUGCAAAGCUGACCAGUGAUCAAUUAGGGGGCAAAAAGCAUUUCUGGGGCACAGUUUUCUACUUAGGAAUUUUGCUCAUGAAGGUGAAGAAAUUUAGUAAUGACUUGAAAUUAGAAGGAAUGGAGGACAACAUUCAAGUGGAAUGGUCCACUGGCCUAUAUAAUGUGCUAAAGCAGCUUCUGGGUGUAGUAAAGAGAACCAAACCCCAGCCUCUCAAACUUCAAUCUAGCAGACUAGCCCCCAGCAAGGAGCAUAAAGUGGCCAAUCUGCUCCACAGCACAUCUCUGUCUCACUCUGUGAAGUUUGAUUUCUCCAACAUUAAUCUAUUUGUCAGCAAUAUUGUUGGUGCCUGUGUUAUGACCCGCGUCGACACCGUGUCUCUUAACCACAACUCCACACAUACCACAUUAUCUGUGGAUGGAACAAAGACGCAGUACUUGAUCUGUGAUAAAGAAUUUCUACCACUGAGUCGUUCCAGUGAGAUCCAUAAAGCAGCUUUUUAUGUCCACCAGGUGAAGGUCAAGUACAUUCCCCUUAACAAGGAAUGCAAAGUCCACAUUGUGCAGCACCUGACACUACAGUGGACAACUGAACUCCACAAGUGUCUGGUAGAGGGAUUGCAGGAGCUUAAAGCUUUACAGUCCAAAGUUUCUGGUGUGGAAGAAGAGACAUCCUCGGGUAAUGUUACAAAAGUGUUACAAACUCACCAGAGUGAUUCCCCUUCCAAAGCAGAUGUCUGCAUCAACGUUGUAGUUGUGGCUGAAAUUAAGCUGGAGGCCAAACUCUCAAAGAAUCAUCUGUUAAGUAUAUUCACCCAGAAUUUAUUGGUGACCAUGACAUUUCCUGAUGUACUGAUGGAGGUCAAGGACUUUCACAUCAGAUGUGAUGGACACAACAUUUUUAACAUAGUGGGCUUCCAAUUAGAGAGUCUACCACUGAGUCACUUGAAGGCAGAAAGAGAGCGGGCCAAGAAUUUACUGUGUGUCACUAACAAGGCCUGGAGCAUCUCUUUUGACAGCAUUGACAUUUUAUUUCCACACCAAUACAAUUUUGCUGAUUGUUAUGAAGAGGCUAUCAACACAGUCAAAUGGUUAAAGUUAGUUCAUAGAAUGAAAAGGAAACCUUUCACUGUUGAUAGUCCUUUACCGCCAGAUCUCACAUUUAAAGUCAAGAUGCUGUCUAUAGAGAUGUCUGAUGAUCCAUUUGAAGUCAAAAUGGGUUUGAACUAUGAGCUCCUAAAAGAUGAAGGCACUGAAAGCAAGAAAAGGAAGGAAGUUCUGGACAUGAAGCUUGUGGAUAUACAAAAGAAGCAAUUCAUUCCUUUGAAUAAAAGAGAAGAACUCUACGCCAGCCUCCACAAGAAAAGUUCAGAGAUCUACAUCCAGCGUUCUCAGCAGCUGUACAACGCAGCCCCCUUGCGCACUCAGCUCUUCACCUGGCUGAUGGAGGACAUCCACAUCACAGCUCUAGCAGACGUCUCCUUCCAUGGGAAGGAGAAUGUCUUCAAGCACAUGCAGGAGAUUGAUAAAGAAAGUCCUUUCCCCAAGGAGCCAGUAGAGUUUGUGACAUUAUGGUGUCGCUACAUUAAUGCCAGUGUCAAACUUUGGUCAGUGUCGCUGAGAGAUUUCCCACGUCCCAUGAUUGACAUACAGAAUAAACAUGUCUGGGGCAGGCUGAUAGGUGCAGAGAGAGAAGGAACAGUCAGAGCCAAACGUUUGUGUACUGUGGAGCUGGAGAAACCAUGGGAGGCUACUACUGUUGAAAGAAACUUACCUGCAUUGAAGUUCUUCCAUGACUUUAGCUGUGAUAUGACUUCAUUAACAAUGGCCUACGGUGUGUGCUGGGAGCCUGCCUUUGCUUUGUUCAAUCUCAGCCUUGACCUCAUCAACCGACCUUCGAUUGAUCCCAGUAAACCGUUGCCCUUCUGGGACAAAAUGCGCCUCCUGUUUCACGGACGUUUUACCUGGUCAAUCACUAAAAUGAGUUGGCUCUACCAUGCCUCCUUUGACCCUUACAACAACACCGAGUUGAUGGACUGGACUUGGACUAAUUUGGUUAUGGACUGGACCAACGGUCAGUUUGUUCUGCAAGGGGACCUUGACAUUUCAGUCCGGACUGCUUCCAAAUAUAAUGAAAGCAAGCUGCUUCAUUUGCCAAACUUGACCUUUAGAGUUGGUUUGGAGUGGCUGUGUCUCGGGGAUGCCAAUGAUCACCAUGCUGUGAUGCCCUGUGCCCCAGACAAAGUACCAGACUUUUCACUAGAGGAGCAUGAUUCUUUUCGGGCUUUUAGAUCGCAGUAUUUAAACCUUGACCUAAGCCUAAAAACACGCCCAGUUGCAGACAACCUUUUAGAUAUACCAUCAUGUCCAGAGCUCUAUGCCAGUACUCUUCGUUUUUUGGAGAAAAUAAGGAAUUGCAUGUUCAGUGUGACAAGGCCAGUAAGAAGGGGGAAAUUAUUUGGAGUAGUCACCCCUAGAAAACUCCAGCUUACAAGACAUUACAAAAAGAUCAAACUGUCGGUUGACUUCCACAAGUUUGCCAUAUGUCACUGGAUGUCAAAUGCCAAAGAGCACGGAGCAGAACUUGUCUCAGAUUCUUUUGUGCUUCAGAUGUGCAAUCGUUUGACUUUAGUUCCCAUAGAGGAUGGCUUGCUGCAUCGACCACAGGCCAACUGGAACAUAAAGUAUUUAAAGUGUCACCUGGGGCCAACUCGUAUUUACUUGUGUAAAAAUAAAGGGAAAGAUGAGACUGUCACGUCAUCCCCGGGCCCAGCUCCUGACCGCAGUUUCUUUCUCAGCGUCACUAAGAUCAGCUAUCAGAGGGCAGAUAGAAAAACUAAAACUGGAAAUAAAGAAGAGGAACUGGAACAGAGGAUGCCCACUCACAGUGUAUCAAUCCAUGAGAUGCGUGGAGCCUGGAACCAGUUCAACCGGACAGUGGUGAUGAACCUGUAUGACAGCUAUAUGAGGGCCAAGGCCCUGAGGCGGAACCUCUCCUCGGAGGCUCUCAAAGGGUUUAGGGUGGAGUCUACCGCUAAUGUAACGGUUAGCUCGCUGCAUAAGAAUCGUUCGUUCUCUCUGAGCAGCCCUGACGCCCCACCUCAGAGUACAGAAUCGUUAGACAUUGCCCCCAGCCCGCUGAGCCAGCUUCAGAUGAGCCACGCCCACUCCAUGUUGAUGAAGCUAGUGUCUGAGUCUGACAGCAAGUCAGUGGCCUUUACGGAGGAGCCCUCAGAUAAUAAUGUAGAUCAACUUCAUGGACUUAGGGCGUGUAAACUGACUGAUAUACUACAGACUAAUUGGCAGGUUGAGCUCCACAACAGCCAGGUCGUGGUCAAAGGUUGUGAAACACCUGGCUACGUGAUUGUUAGUGCCGCCAGGGCGAAGAUCACCUCCUACACGCACAUGCCCAUCUGGAGGAAUGGUCAGCUGAGGUCAAAGUCUACCUGGAACGGGGAUGUGGACUGCAUGCAGUACUAUGCCACUGUGGAUCCCAACAAUAGCUAUGAAAGGGACAACAUUCCAUGGCUGUCCAGGGAAAAUGUCGAGGAUAGAACCAACACUGACUUAACUGGCCUGCCUGAGAUGAUCAGCAGCGGUCAGUCUGUUGGCAGCGUAGUCAGCAGUGUGGUCACAGGAGUGAAGCCAACGUGUGAACAGAAUGCAUCAGCAGACACAGUACAGCUUCAGAGGAUCAUCUACAGGUGUAGCUGCAAGUUCUUCUAUGCCAACUAUGGAGACGUGGAUCCUAACAGUCUGCCAGAAGUGCCACUGCCUCCAGCAGAAGACAGUGUGAUGAGCGUUGAAGAAGGUGUGGAUACAUUUACAUUGUUACAUGAAAGUGUUUAUGCCUACUCCAAUCCUCUGCAGUUCUCCGUCAUCAUGGACAUAGUCAACAAUUUAUUACUCUAUGUGGAACCCAAGAAAAAGGCAGCUAGUGACCGUUUACAAAACAUGAGGUUUAAACUCCAACUCAACAGAGACGAGGACCAGAAAACGCCCAUUUUACAGUUACAAGAAAUUGUCAGAGAGAAGGUGGAGGAAUUAAGAAUGCUGGAAAAAGAAUAUUAUUUGGCCAAAACAAAAGAUGAUGAAGAAAGAAUGGAACUUUUAGAAAAAGAGAUGGAUGAGCUAAAAAACUGGAUUGGAUUAAAAAAUGAAGAGCUUGGCAUGAGAAUCAGCUGUUACAAUGAGAGUCAGCUUCAAGUCAAAGCUCAAAUGAAAAUGGAGAAAGCCCAGCAUGCACAAGUGGUUAAAAGGAAUGAAGUUUGUUUCAAGUAUGCCAAGUGGCGCAUGACAGAAAGAGAUGGCCACUGCGGUAUAGCUGAGCUGGAGCUUCGUAACUUUGUGUACACUAAAGUCAAUAGAGAUGACGAUACGUGGACACACCAGCUGGAGCUGACCUGGGUCAAAGUGGAGAAUUUAUUAACAGACAACUUUUACCAGAAAGUUUUGGUGCCCAAAGAUCCCCAGGGCCAAGAAGGUGAGAACAGACAGAUGGCUUUGAGGAUUACAUGCACUGAGAGAUCUCCAGUUGGCGGCAUUCCGGUAAAGGAACACUUUGAAGUCAACGUGGCCCCUAUACAGAUACAGAUGACGUACCAGUUCUACAAGGCCAUCAUGGAGUUUUUCUUUCCUGACAAGAAUGUCGACAUGGACGAUGAGGAUGAGUUGGACAUGAAACAGAAGAAAGAGAAGAAGAACAAUAAGAAAGACAAAGAGAAGAAGAAAGAGAAGGGAGAAGAAUUGGAAAAGAACUCCUUGAGAUCUGCUGCGUCAUUCAGCAGUGCAGACGACAUCAACAAAAUGAGAGAAAGAGCUGCCAAGAACAAUACAUUCUUGUAUGUGAAGAUUCCAGAAGUUGUGGCCAGAGUGAGUUACAAGGGUCAGAAAGAGAAAAACAUUGAGGAUGUCCACGACUUCAGUUUUAUUCUGCCCACCAUUGAGUACCAUAACUGCAUCUGGACCUGGUUUGACUUUUUGAUCACACUGAAGAACCACAGCAAGAGAGUUCUGCUUUCCCAGGCUAUCAAACAAAAACUGCAUUGGAAAGCCAGGGUCCUGGACGAGCCUCCCCACACUGAUGUCCAGGAAGAGGAAGAUAAAGCCAAGAUGUUGCUUGGAGCGAAACUUUUGGCUGGCCAAGAGAAGCCCUCCAAGAAAGGUUUUUUUGGCAAGUCCAGCAAAUCCUGAUGACAACUUCUUAAACUCCAUGUUUACCAGUUGUCAACUGAGUGAUACAGUCUGUUACGUCCUAGUCAGCUGAGUGAUUCAAUUUGUUACAUCCCAGUCAGCUGAGUGAUUCAAUUUGUUACAUCCCAGUCAGCUGAGUGAUUCAAUUUGUUACAUCCCAGUCAGCUGAGUGAUUCAAUUUGUUAUUUACAUUACAAAAUGUUUGGAUCUAUCAGUCCAGGUGUCGCAUGGCUACACUGAACUUGUGUAGAUUUGUGCUCAUAAAUCUUUGCUGACUUUUUUUGUUCCCCUAUAAACACAACCCCAUAGUGAAUAAAGCACAGAGGAUUAUCCAGGACUAGAAAUACAAACAGUUAGCUAAAUUCAAGUUAUAUCGUUGAAUCACAAGCAUUUUAGUUUCAAUGCGGUACACUUAUUAAGUCAAUCAGUAAACUGCGGUGUGGGCGACAUCGUUCUGACUAUAAAGAAUGCCCAGGUUUUCAUCUCAAUUGCUCUACGACGGAAAAAGGCCAACCAAUCUGAGCUAAACUGAACUCGGCUCUCUCCUCGCACCUCUUGAUCUAGUUUUUUUUAUAGCCCCGUCUUUCCCAAAUUAUUCUAGGCUGGCAUUGUGACAUCACACUUUUUCAUUACUGUUAUGUAUUUUGUCUGCUAAUGUUAAUUAGGGUUUCUUUAAUUGAUUUCAUAAAUGAACACUUUCAGCACUGCCUCCACCCCAUCACCUUCUUUUUAUUAGCUGCAAUAAUUUACUUUGUGUUACAAUGCACUUGACUCUGUUUGACUGGAUCACAUUUUAGUCUUUGUAAUGAAAUGGUUUAGUUGCACAUGAAGACUGUAAACAAUUUUAUUGUAUAUAGUAUACAAUAUGUCAAUGUCUAUAUGACUUUAGUUCUGUGGCACACACAACAAGAACUUUAUUCAUUUAAUACCUGGCAAGCCAAACAAUACAUUGUAUAAAAUACCUGGCCAGCCAAACAAUACAUUGUUUAUAAUAACAUGCAAGCCAAACAAUACAUUGUAUAAAAAAGACACCUUUUCAAUUUUUCCAGUGUGAUUAGGCAUUUUAGGACUAUAUUACUAACCAUCCUGUUUGAUAUAUAGCUUCUAGCUUCAGAGCAUUACUGGGCAUCUUGCAUUAUUUUGUGCCAACAUUUAAAGGUAUUUUUUUGGUCUUCCAGUCACUGUUUUUUUUUUUGGUGCUAUUCAGACAAUGGAAACUAAUUUUUAACAUGGCGUAGAAGCUAUUUUUUGAUUGCUCGACAUUAUUUUGAAGCUUUACAUAUUUACACGCAGGAGACAUGGGGAUUUUUUUGGUUUAUUCUCUCACACCUGGCUAACUGGACAUGUGGUAUGCCCUUUGGACUUUGGUUAUGAUAGUCCUGAAACACUGUCCUUCAUUCUGUCAUCCUGCUGGACUUCUGGGCUUGGAGAUAAAAAUCUUUUUCUGAAUGUCAAAAUUUUAAAAUAGUUUUUAAAAAUAAAACAAAUACCUUCCUUCGGUUUGAUUACAUGCCCUUAAGUCCAAAAGGGUUAACAAGGAAAUUGUUUAGUCUUAUACUACUCAGUCCAAAUGAUGGAUUGCCUAAUAACCUUGUGUUCCACUUUAACAAAGUCAACUGUGCUUCAUAAUAAGUUAACAAGAAACAUAUGAGUCUUAAACAGUUUGUUGAUCAAUGUAUUUUCUGUUAAGAUUCUUGUUUGUGCAAUAACCUUAGUCUACACUCUGUAUUAUUAUUAAGAUCAUCUAGUUUAAUUUGUGUAUAACUUAUCUGAGUAUAUUCUUGCCUUUCUAUUUUUGUUUAUUUACGUCAAUUUUCAUAGUUCAUUCUCAUAUUUUGUUUUAACUCAUAAUGGGAAUUAAAACACUGCACUUUCCUUAAGAAGACUAAGACUAAAGAAAAAUCCAGAGUCCAGAGUUAAAUCAAAACAUAUGCUUUCAAAAACAAACUGUUACAGGAUUAGUUCAUGUUUUAGAUUAAUCUUACAUUUGUGACAAAUUCUGAGGCCAGACAUUGUUUUGGUUGGUCUUACUUUAUGGAAAUUUUUGGGUAUAUUGUGACACUAGUGCAAUGAGAAGUCAUGUAAUUUUUUU